UGCUCGAGUCAAGCAGCCCUCGUUUCUUUGCUGAUUACCAUAGGAAAGUAGAAAUGGUGUCCAUUGGGUGGAGGAAAAUGACUCUACUUUGCUGUCUUCUUCUCUGUGAUGUGGCCAGGACUUCAGCUGGUAGCGAGAGGCAUUCGCCUAAUUCAGCUAUAAAACCUGGAUCUCCUAUCACUGUCAAGACCAACGACCCAGGAGUUCAGAGAGCUGCUAGGUUUGGUGUUUACAGAUACAACAACAGUUCAAAUGACAUCUUUCUAUUCAAAGAAUUUCGCAUAAACAAAGCCAUGAGGCAGGUUGUGAGAGGGGUGAAAUACAAAAUGGAUGUUGAUAUCUGCCGGACAGUAUGCACCAAAAGGAUACAUCCAGAGCCCAACUUGGACAGAUGUGAUUUCCAGACAAAAAAGACACUGAGACAAACAUUCAGAUGCCAUUUUGAAGUUUGGAUCACCCCCUGGCUGCAUCAAGUCGAAGUCCCGGUCUCCCUCUGCCAAUAACCUCCCCCUAAUACAGGCAAUGGACUCUGUUUUUGUAUAUGUUGUUCUGUGACAAAAUCGUCAGUAAAGAUGCUGGUCUGUAAAAAAAAAAUUGUAUGUGGUUUUAUUGGGUUGUCGCUAAUUAAUUCUGCAUCCUAGAGGUGAAGUUGGACAAAUGAUGGGGUGGGGGAGAAGCUGCAAAAUGGGUGGCAUAACUGGAAGAAUUAGGUUCAGUGCAGCUAAAAGCAAAUAC